GUUUAUAAAUUAAAUGAACGGUGAAUGUUACGAUUUAAUUACAAGUCCUGCUAAUUAGCGGCAUCAGAGCUCUGGUUUCAACAUUGAAUCGUCCAACUGUGAAUUGAUUGAACUGGUUGGAAAUAUUUUCCUGUGUAGAUUCAGUGUUUUUCUUGGCAAUUUUAACUCAAGAAAGCUGGCAUGGGCCAAGCAUUACGUUAUUUUAAAAUCCAUUCACCCGUGCUUCGAUGGCUAAAAAGUAAGCAAGAUUUCGUGACUUUUAAUUAAGGAUUCAUCGAACUUACUUUUCCAGUUUCAUAUGUCUAAUUCCUGCUAGACGAUUCUGUAGACGAUGAGUUUAUAUAGAAAUGCUAAAACUAUUUCCUCACUUGAACAAAAGUUUUCGUCGCAAUCAGGCGCCAUGGAGCUCUAUCAAGUCAGCUUCUAGAAUAAUUUCUCUUAGAAAUUCUCCCGAUUUGCAGUUGUCGACUGGAAAUUUAGCACGUUUCGCAGAUGGGUCAGCGGAAGUCAAAAUUGGGGAAACUUCGGUUCUUGCUGUGCUAGUUUGGAAACAAUCGGAUAUAAAUUCGUCUUCGUUUCUACCGUUGACAGUUUCGUUCAGACAGCAACUUGCAUCACUUGGCCGAAUUCCUCUGUCGUUUGAUAGACGAGACAGGUUCAAUUCGCCAUUCGAAAUACUGACAAGUAGGCUAAUUGACAGGUGUAUUCGACCAGUUUUCAAGUCCAAUAUAUCUCCGAAUGUGGAGUUGACUUGUUCGGUUCUAAGUGACGACUAUGUAAAUGAUGCAGACGUUGCGGCAGUUAAUGCAGCCUCUGCAUCUGUCGGUUUGUCGAGUUUGCCCGGUUUCGUCCCGAUUGGCGCUGUGCGGGUGGCGGCUGUCCACGAGAAGGGAAACGGCAACACAUUCUUGGUCAACCCAACUCGUCAGCAAAGAUAUGAAAGCGAACUUGAUUUGGUGGUCUCCGCGGAUGUGAACGGAAACAUAACUGCGAUUCAGUCUGGAUGCAAUAAAAUACCAAAGGAGCUGUUUGUUGAAGCGCUAAAAGCGGGAACUGAUCAAGCUACCCAUCUGGCCAAUCACAUCCACGAGUUCUCACUCAAGCAUUCCAAGCCUAAAACUGAUCGUCUAUCCGGCAAAGCGAACUCUCGAAUUAGCUUAACUGAAAAAAUCUACAAGAUAGCACACGAAAAAAUAUAUGGGGUUUUCAAAGAUAAUUCUCACGAUAAAAUGAGUAGAGAUGAUGCCUUGAAAACAGUUAAAGAAGAAACGCUGGGGGAGAUGAAAAGUAAAUUUAUUUCUGGCAGCCAAAAUAUUGAUUCCCGUUUUGAUAAUUUGCACCAAGUGUCUGCAAAUCUGGAGGCUAAUAAAGAAACAAGAGAUGAUAUUUCCAAUUUUGAUUCGGACUUCAUUUCCGUAAUCGGGCGUUGUUUGAAGUCUCUCGCUUUCGAGGAAAGAAAAAGAUGCGAUGGUCGUUCACUCACUGAAAUUCGCCAUAUUGAUUGUAAGACGUCAGUCUACCCUGCGUUACAUGGUUCGGCUUUGUUCUGUCGUGGUCAGACGCAAGUUUUGUGUCGUCUUUCAUUUGAUUCUCUCUCGGCCUCCGAACGACUUGAUCCGAUUUCAGCUUCCAUUAAAGGACAUUUGAGGAAAUAUUUCAUGCUGCAUUAUCAGUUCCCACAGUACGCUGUGAACGCUUUUUCGGGUCCGAGGGGAGGAGCCAACCGAAGAGAGCAGGGGCACGGGAACUUGGCUGAAAUGGGAAUUGCGCCUCUGGUUCCGAAAGAUUACAAGUUUGCUAUCAGGCUGCUCACUGAAGUAUUGGAAUCCAACGGGUCAUCAUCUAUGGCCUCAGUGUGUGCUGCGUCUAUGGCCCUCAUGGACGCAGGAGUGGACAUAGAGGAACAUGCAGCUGGAGUGGCUAUAGGACUAUUCACAGAACGACACACAGAGGACGAGACAUUGAUAGAAAGUCACGAACUGCUAACUGAUAUUUUAGGCUUCGAAGAUUUCUACGGCGAAAUGGACUUCAAAAUUGCAGGCACUAAAUCAGGUACCAUAACAGCUUUGCAAUGUGAUGUAAAGAAGCACGGCAUUCCCCUUCAAAUAGCCAUCGAAGCUGUAGAGCGGGGGUCUUCAGCUAUCUGCGAAAUUGUUUCAAGAAUGGAACAAGUUAUCAGUCAUGCGAAAGAUGUCUCCAAGUCGCCUAACAUGCCCAGGCUUAAAGAGUUCUCAUUGCCCAAGUAUCAGUUCGGAGCUGUCUUCGGACCUGGUAGAAUGAAUGUGAAACAUUUUGAAGAGCGAGGCUGCAGUUUUGUGACCAAAGAUGAAAAUACUUUGUCUGUUUUUGCGCCAAAUGAGCGCAUCUUGUUCGAAGUUUCGCAGUCUUUACAAGAAAAACUGAGUGUCAUCAAAGAACCUGUUCUGCAGUUUGGUCAAAUUUGUAAGGCAAAAAUUGAAGAAAUUGUGGAAAAGGGCGUUUAUGUUACAAUAUAUGAAGGCCAAACGCCAGUUUUUGUGCCCAAUUUUCAACUGGAUUCGAAAAUGAUUUCACAUGCGUCUGUUUUGGGAUGGACUGUGGGUGAGAAUGUGAAGGUGAAAUACUUCGGAAGGGAUCCGUCCAACGGCAAGAUGAGACUGUCCAGGAGGGCUCUGCUAGUGCCGGCAGCAGAAAUGACUGCCGUUGAUUUUCUUGCGAAGAAAACUUGAACAGAGACUCAAUCUGAAGUUUGUUUUUGCAAAGUAUCAGUUGGAUAUCCUGAUAAUUUAGUCUUUUCUAUUCA